AUGCUCGCCCGUGGAUGCGCCGAGCUCGACGGUGCCAAGGUCAAGUCGCCGAUCCCAGACUACCUGCAAGUGGUUGUCGACCACAGCAGCUACGACAAUCCAGGCCAUAACGCGUCCUACAUCUCGGAACUGAGGGACGCCGACCCUAACCGGGUCGGCGCUUGUCUUUCGACAGUCGACGGCGUCGUCUAUGCUGCGGGCGACACCGAUGUGGAGUUUACGAUCCAGUCUAUUUCCAAGGCCUUUGUCUAUGCCCUUGCCCUCGAGCAGAACGGCCUCGAGGCAGUCCUUGAGCGCGUUGGAGUGGAGCCCUCAGGAGAGGCAUUCAAUGAAUUGAGUCUGGAGCAGGUGGGUACCAAGGAGAUAGCAGAUGGAUACACCUCCACCGGUCUGUGGAUCCGCAGACGCUCUGGGAACAGUGGACCUCUGGAAACAGACACCCGUCGACCACUCAACCCCAUGAUCAAUGCUGGCGCCAUCACGGCUCACACCCUCAUUGGUCCAGCAGGCAUCAGUGCCGACGAGCGGUUCGAGCUCAUCCGCAAGGGACUCUCGGCAUUUGCUGGGCGCGAUCUUGGCGUCGACGAGGCAGCCUUUGAAUCCGAGAUGAACACGGCCUAUCGUAAUACCGCUAUCGCGUGCAUGCUUCGCAACUAUGACCUCAUCGACGUCGAGCCAGAGGAUGUUGUGAAGGCCUACACCCGUCAGUGCGCCAUUUCAGUCACGGCGCGCGAUCUGGCACUCAUGGCCACCACUCUCGCAAACGGCGGUGUCCAGCCCCUCACCGAGGAACGUGUCGUGCGCCCCGAGGUUGUGCGGCAAGUCUUGAGCGUGAUGAUGACGUGCGGCAUGUACAACGGUGCCGGAGACUGGGUUUCGUCUGUGGGAAUCCCAGCAAAGAGCGCCGUAUCAGGCGGUAUCAUGGCGGCGUUGCCAGGACAGCUCGGCAUCGCGACCUUUUCCACUCGACUGGACAAGCACGGUACCAGUGUCCGCGGCGUUCGUAUCUGCAAGCGCCUCAGUGAUGACAUGGGCCUCCACAUCAUGCACGCACCCGAGCCUGCUCGUUCCGUUGUCCGUCGCCACUACCGCCUGCAGGCCCCAGAUGGGAGCCGCACCGUCAGUGUCCUGUCCCUGCAAGGAACGAUCACGUUCACCUCGGCCGAGCGUGUUAUCCGCGCCCUGUCGGCGGGCAGCGCACUGAACGCCACUUCUGCGGACGGUGUUGUGCUUGACCUUCGCCAGGUCUACUCCGUCGACAACGUUGCCCGCAGGAUUACACGCGAGUCCGUCAAGCGCCUGCGCGCUGCUGGGUAUGUCGUCUACGUCAUCGACCCCGAGGGUCUCCUCCGCAUGGUCGCCCAGGAGAAGGGACCGGACACCGACGGCAUCUGCGACGCCUCUGUCAACGACUUGUCGACGUUUGACAGCUGGAAGCGUUUGACCACACCUCCGAUGAUGCGUCGUCUCACUUCCGACAGGGCCUUGCCUCGUCUCGCCGACAAUUUCAAGAUGUCCCUUUUCAGUUGA